AUGGUGAGCCGACGAUUGUUAGGAAUAACGGCAACAAUUUUACUUACCGCUGCAUCCAUUUGUUAUAUUGCAUGCAAUGUACAGUCAUCAUGGGGUACCUGGCAAUAUUCUGUUUUACAUUUAUCAGUUGGGCUGUGGCAAGGAUGUCUUAAUAGGGACUGUACCAUGUUGAACAACCAUACAUUUUUUAGGAUUUUCAUAGAUUGGAGAUUACACACUGCGCGUGCACUCAUGGCCUUAGUCUGUAUUAGUACACCUUGCGCAGUCGGAUGUCUUAUAUUUGUUGUCGUAAAGGAUAGGUUCGAACCGCGAUUUCUCUCAAUCAGUAAAAACUUGUCUGUCUUAUCGUUUGUGCUUGGUCUCAUCGGUAUGGCAAUAGGAAUCCGUUUCUUUACCAGUGGAACUCAAUUAACACUAAGUGGAACUAACAUUGAAAUGGGUGGAGCUAGUUUAACAAUGGGUGAAGCUGCUCGAAAUAGCAUCAUUGGUGUCGGUUUGAAUUUUGUAGGUGCGCUUAUUGCUUGCGUUAUACAACCUAAAUAA